GGCCUCCGCGGCACUCGUGCCCGACGUACCCGCGCCUUCGCCGAUGGCCGCCCGCCGCGCCCCCGCGCUCACGCUCGCGGCCCUGGGCUGCGCGCUGCUCGCCCUGCCCGCCGCCUUCCUGCCCGCGCCGGCCCCGCCGGCCCUCGCCCCCCGGCGCGCCGCCCUGGCCCUGGGCGCCUCGGCGGCCGCGGCCUCCGCGGGGGCGCUGCCCGCGGCCGCGGAGAAGUCGAAGGAGACUAUUUCAUCCUGCCCGAGCUGCCAGGUCCAUUCGAGGUGGACCCCAAGGAGGCCAUCAUCGUGGGCGACGCCGAUGCCCCGCAGGCGAAGAAGGCCAAGGAUACGGUGGUCAAGUCUUUGAAAGAGGCGGAGGAGGUCCUCGCCAAGCUGCAGGAGGACCCCCAGGCGGACGUCAGCUACGCGGUCCAGGAAUUCGGCAUCGCGGACCUGCGUGUGGCCACGAACACCAUCAACAACCUCAUGGACGAGGCCACCGCGGCGGGCACGCAGCGGCUGCAGCGCUUGAUGAUCCACAACAAGUACCUCUACGAGGAUGAGCUCCCCUUCCCGGUCUCCAAGAAGGGCGUCGUGCAGAAGCGCGGUCCCGCUCGCCUUGCACGGAUCGAGGAGUCCCUGAAGAGGU